UCAGAUAGAGCUGUUGAAACUGGUUCACAGCCAGAAACGGAAGCUAUGGAGGAGGAAAGUAUGUGCCCUACCAAGAAGAUUGCAGUUGUGGAUGGAAUGGUGCUUGUGCACAAGAUGACUAAGAAACCCUCAACAGUCAUCACUGUUAGAGACCUGAGCCUCAGUUUCUAUGAAAGGCUGAUGACCCUUACACAGGAAUUUGAUGAAAUCAUUCUGGUUUUCGACACAUACAAGUCAAAUUCCCUGAAGAAUGCAACAAGACAGAAGAGACUCCAAGGGAAGGAUCCAGUUCAGUACCAAGUAAGAGAUGAGACAAGCAUCAAGCACAUACCCAUGAGUAGGUUCCUAUCACAUGACAAGACGAAGGCUGACCUGACAGAAUACCUGGCAAGAAAGACACUUGAUUACAGCAAAGACUCUUCCAAGCUGAUCAUCACUUCAGCAUCUGGAGUAACCAGAAGUAACAAAGAUGUUGGAAUCUUUGAUGACAAUAACCACGAGGAAGCAGACACAUUAAUGAUAUGUCUAGCAGUAUCUGCAUCAAGAAGAAACCAAGGUGAUAUACAGCUGAGAUUCUUCUCCCCUGACACUGAUGUGUUUGUACUGGCAAUUGCCAACUAUGAUUUGCUGCCUAAGUAUACAUCUAUCUCAAUGGUGUCUGGGAUCCUACAGAUCCAGCCUUUCUGGGAUACUCUUGGUAACAAGAAGGCAAAGGCAUUACCAGCUUUCCAUGCCUUUUCUGGUGCAGACAAUACAGGAAGAUUUGCAGGAAUAGGCAAGGCCACAUGGCUGAAAAUUUAUCUAUUAGCUGAUGAUGAUAUCAUUGAAGCUCUGAGGAUGCUAGGCAAUGACAGUGAAGUUACAGAGAAAUGGCAGAAGAGUUUGGCUAGAUUUGUGUGUGCAGCUUAUUCUCCAAAAGGAAUCAACAUCAGAAGUAUUCCAGAGCUGAGAUGGCACAUGUUCUGCAAAUACAUGGCAGACAGUGACAAGCUUCCCCCAACAGUUGGUGCCCUCAAGCAACACAUUCUGAGGGCCCAUGCUCAGGCUCGUGUCUGGGACCAGGCAGCCAUCCCACAACAAGAACUGUUGGAUCCACUAGAGAAUGGCUAUUACAAAGAUAACAAAGGUAUGAUGAAACCCAUUACCACAGAAGUUCCUCCUGCACCCGAGGCCAUUAUUGAGAUGGUGAGAUGUCACUGCAAGAGCGACUGUUCUUCACAGAGAUGCUCCUGUCGAUCAAAGAACUUGCGGUGCACUGAUCUUUGUCUCUGUACUAACCAGUGUGAAAAUGAUGAAGAUUCACAAGCUGAUAUUCAUGGUUCAGAUGACAGUGAUAGUGAUAAUGAUGAAUGAGACUAUACUUUCAGGAAAGACUACCUAUACUGUUCCUAUUUCAGACAUUAAAUUGUGUUUUACGAAUGACACAUUUAUAAGCAAAGAUUUACGUCGGUUACAUGUUAAGAUAUCAAUCGUUUGAUGCUCAAUUUUAUAAUUUUUCAUACUGGAUAUACCAUGUAUACAUUGCUUACAUAUUAAACAGGUAAAUUUU